CAUUUGGGGAUGGUAGCAAUAAGCAGUAGGGGAGUGAUGAUGUUCUCUGCCUCGUUGCUGCUGCUGCUGCCGCCGCCGGUGGCGGCGGCGGCGGCGGCACCAGCUGCUGCUGCUGCCACGGCCGGGACUCACUGCACCAGCAAGUGCGGCAACAUCAGCAUCCCGUUCCCGUUCGGCGUGGAGCCCGGCUGCUUCCGCCCCGGCUUCAAUGUCACCUGCGCCGACGACAUGCUGCUCCUGCACAACAUCUCGGAGAUAUUCGACAUCAAUCUGGCCAACGGCACGUUGGACAUCUACGUGCAACGCGUCGACCAGUCCCUCCCCGUUCCCCAGACCCACGACAUCGGGAAUUGGGACGUCGUCGGCGUCGGCCUAGACGGAGGGCCGUACACUCUGGCGGCAGGAAGGAACAAGCUCGUGGUGAUCGGCUGCGACGUCCAGGCCCUCCUCAUGGAUGUGAGCGAGGAUGUCCUGAGCACUUGUGCAGCUUUCUGCUCACCAAUCAACAAAAAGUUGUACCAGGUUGCGUCCCCCGACUGCUCCGGCGUCGGCUGUUGCCAGGCGCCCAUCCUGGCAGGCCUCGACGUCUACCUGCUCCAGUUUCGCCGGUUCAACGGUUCAUGGAGCGGCAACCAGGCCACGGUGUACAUAGUGGAUGCGGAUCUCUUGAGCUCUUAUCGGAUGGAUGAAAUGCAAGAGGCCGCUCUUCCGGUUGUGCUUGAGUGGGUCAUCAGCAACUCGACAUGCCAGAGCAACUCGACGACGGCGCCUGAAUGCCGCAGCAGCAACAGCUUCUGCAAGAACAGCACUGCUUUCCGUGGCGGCCACCGGUGCCACUGCUCAGAGGGUUACGACGGCAACCCCUACCUUGUGGAUGGAUGCAAAGAUAUAGACGAAUGCAAAUUUCCAGAGAUCUAUCCAUGUUUUGGCGACUGCAACAACACAAUAGGCGGGUACCUGUGCCAGUGCCCUCUUGGCUUUGAGGGUGAUGCGUCUGUACCAACAGGAUGCAAAGACGUUGACGAGUGUGUGCACCCAGAUGCACAUUCGUGCUAUGGAAUCUGCAAAAAUUUGCCGGGAUCAUUUCAGUGCCAAUGUCCUCAGGGAACCUAUGGGGAUCCCACAACGAAAGGAGGUUGCAUUACGAUCAAGAAUUCCUUCCCAGGUUCAAAAAUAGCUCUAGUAGUUAGCAGCGGAUUCAUUCUUUUGAUUGUAGCACUUGCCGCUCCCUUCAUCACACACAAAAUACAACUACGACGGGUGAAAAGGUUGAAGGAAAAAUUCUUCAAGCAAAAUCAUGGUUUGCUAUUGCAGCAAUUGAUUUCCCAGAAUACUGAUAUCGGCGAAAGGAUGAUCAUUACCUUAAGAGAAUUAGAGAAGGCCACGGACAAUUUUGAUAAAACCCGUGAGGUUGGUGGUGGAGGACAUGGUGUUGUGUAUAAAGGAAUAUUAAAUCUGCAUGUGGUUGCCAUCAAGAAAUCCAAGAUUGUAGUACAGAGAGAAAUAGACGAUUUCAUAAACGAAGUCGCGAUUCUGUCUCAAGUCAAUCAUAGAAAUGUGGUGAAGCUUUUGGGAUGUUGCCUCGAAACAGAAGUUCCAUUGCUUGUCUAUGAGUUCAUAUCCAAUGGAACUCUUUAUCACCAUCUUCAUGUUGAAGGAGCAAUAUCUCUAUCAUGGGAUGAUCGAUUAAGGAUUGUGCUUGAAGUUGCAAGAGCUUUGUCUUAUCUACAUUCUUCUACUUCUAUGCCAAUAUACCAUAGAGACAUCAAGUCUUCCAACGUACUCCUUGAUGAUAGUUUAACAGCAAAGGUUUCGGACUUUGGAGCUUCAAGGUACAUCCCGAUAGAUCAGACGGGGGUGACUACAGCAAUUCAAGGAACAUUUGGUUAUCUAGAUCCCAUGUAUUAUUAUACGGGUCGCCUAACAGCCAAGAGUGAUGUCUUCAGUUUUGGAGUUCUUACUAUGGAAUUGCUCACUAGAAAGAAACCAUUUGUUUAUAGGUCUGGUGAUGGUGAUGGUGAUGGCCUUGUUUCACAUUUUAGCUCACUAUUCAGAGAAGGAAAACUAGCUGACAUAAUAGACCCACAAGUCAUGGAAGAGGGUAAUGGGGACAUCCAAGAAGUAGCGGCACUAGCAGUGGUGUGCACUAAAUUGAAGGGAGAAGACAGGCCUACAAUGAGGGAAGUGGAGUUAAUCCUUGAAAACUUGUGCGCUAAGAUGCAUAAUACAAGUUGCACAACACCAUAUAGUAGGGAUCAAAUCCUAGCUCAAGGGGUUACUCAAGAAGUAAGCAGGCAAUACACCAUGGAAGAAGAAAUAGAGUUGUCAGCGAGGUAUCCUCGGUGACCACCAUUUUCUAGUCUGAAGAAUAAUAAUGCUUCGUACAAUCCUUUAUAACAUUCAUGGCAACGCCGCAGUAAAUUUUGUGUUGAGGUAGACAUACAUCUGAAGUAGAGCAUCCUGUGUAGUCUUAAACUGCCAUCAUAAGGCUCGAACAGAGAAGGAGCAAGCAUCCUAGUUGAAGCUUGCUCUGCCCAUUGUCCCCGCUCAUCAUGAGUUCGAUCUACAACCAAAACAUCAAGGCGUAUUUUCUCCAUC